CUUCCCGCUUAACAACCAAAGGAUAUACCCUAAUUCAAUAAGAUGGCACCCAAUAUAAUUGGAAGUACUUUCAUCUUGGCCGAAACGGCCAUAAGCAAUACAGAUCCAAAUAAUAAUAAGACCACAACCGCGUCAGCGCCUGCAGCAACAGUAGGAAACACAAACACAGCUGCAACAGUGGCACCAACCACCACCAAAGUGGCCAAACAAGAUGCCGCCCAGAAGAAGCCCUACCAAUUGGAAAUUGUUUGGCAUAACAUCCUACUGUUCAUAAUCUUGCAUAGCUCAGCCCUGUACGGUGUAUAUCUGAUAUUUGCCGAAAACGCCUACUUGGAAUUUGCACUUUCAUACAUAUGUCUGUUUUUGGGUGGUAUGGGCAUUACUGCUGGGGUCCAUCGUUUAUGGUCUCACCGUGCCUAUAAAGCCAAAUUACCCUUGCGCAUUUUCCUUAUGUUGUGCCAAUCUCUGGCCUUCCAGAAUAGCAUCUAUGAGUGGACUCGCGAUCACCGUGUACACCACAAAUUCACGGAUACCGAUGCAGAUCCCCACAACUCAAGACGUGGCUUCUUCUUUGCCCAUAUGGGUUGGUUGCUUUGCAGAAAACACCCCGACGUCAAGGAAAAGGGCAAACAAAUUGAUAUGAGCGACCUGGAAGCCGACCCCGUUGUUAUGUUCCAAAAGAAGUACUAUUUCGUGAUCAUGCCCAUUUGUUGCUUUGUAUUGCCUGCCCUCUUCCCAUACUACUAUUUGGGAUCGUCUUUGAAGGUGUGCUUCUUCGUUGGAUCCAUGUUGCGCUAUUGCAUUUCUUUGCAUGGCACCUGGCUGGUCAAUAGUGCUGCCCACUUUUACGGCAUGAAGCCAUACGACAAAUUCAUCAGCUCCGUUAACAACAAAGUGGUUUCCAGCAUCACCUUCGGCGAGGGAUGGCACAACUACCAUCAUGUCUUCCCCUGGGAUUACAAAGCAGCUGAAUUGGGCAACUACUACAACUGGACAACCGGCUUCUUGAACUUGAUGGCCAAAAUCGGUCAAGCUUACGAUAUGAAGACCGUAUCCGAGGAGAUGCUGUUGAAACGUAUCCAACGUACAGGUGACGGAUCUCACCCAUCGUGUACUGACAUGAAUAACAAUGUAACCACCGGCAAGGGAAUUACACCGGAAAUGUUGGCGAAGUUAGACCACGAUAAUGAAGAGACAAUGAUCUGGGGCUGGGAAGAUAAGGACGUUAGCGAGGAGGACCGCUUGUGUGCAAAGAUUAUCGAAAAGAAGGACGAAUAAUGCUCUGA